AUGGUCAUCCUACAGAAGGGGGAUUAUGUGUGGCUGGACUCGGGCGUGGGGCUGCCCAUUGGUGCCCAGGUUAGGCUGUCUGACAGGGGAGAGCUACAGCUGAUGGACGAUGAGGGGAAGGAGCAUAAGAUUACUAAGAAGCUGGAGAGCUGUUUGAAGCCGAUGCACCCCACCUCCAUUAAUGGGGUGGAUGACAUGAUCCGGCUUGGAGACCUGAACGAGGCCGGCCUUCUCCGAAACCUCCUGGUCCGACACAAGGAAGGCACCAUCUAUACGUACACAGGCUCCAUUCUGGUGGCGGUGAACCCGUACCAGUUGCUGCCCAUCUACACGCCGGAGCAGGUGCACGCAUACACGGACCGCCGGAUAGGCGAGCUGCCGCCACACGUCUUUGCCGUGGCCGACAGCUGCUUCUUCAACAUGCGCCGCAACAAAAAGAACCAGUGCUGCGUCAUCAGUGGAGAGUCGGGAGCUGGUAAAACAGAAAGCACCAAGUUGAUGCUGCAGUUCCUGGCGGCGGUGAGUGGCCAACGCUCCUGGAUAGAACAGCAGAUACUGGAGGCCAACCCCAUACUGGAGGCUUUCGGCAAUGCCAAAACGGUGCGUAAUGACAACUCCAGUCGUUUUGGUAAAUACAUUGAGAUCAGCUUCACCAAAUCGGGAGCGAUCGAGAGUGCCCGAGUGGAGCAGUACCUGCUGGAGAAGUCACGAGUGUGUCACCAGGCCCCUGAUGAGAGGAACUACCACAUCUUCUACUGCAUGCUCCUGGGGAUGACUGCUGAGCAGAAGAAGAUCCUCUCUCUCGGCAGCGCAGCAGAGUACAACUACCUCACCAUGGGUAAAUGCACUUCCUGUGACGGACGUGAUGAUAUAAAAGAGUACGCCCACUUCCGCUCGGCGAUGAAGAUUCUGACGUUCACAGAGAAUGACUCCUGGGAGAUCUCGAAGCUACUGGCCUCCAUACUGCACCUGGGCAAUGUCAACUUCGAAGAAACCAUCUCCAACAACAUGGAGGGCUGUGAUAUUCGCACAACCAAACACUUCACCAUGGUGGCCCAGCUGCUUGAGGUGGAUCCUAAGAAUCUGGAUGUGGCCUUAACCCAGAGGUCCUUCAUGACCAAUAGGGAAAAUGUCUCCAAGCCGCUCACGUCCGCACAGGCCAGGGCAGGUCGGGACGCCUUUGUGAAGGCCAUCUAUGGGAAGAUGUUCAUCUGGAUCGUGGAGAAGAUCAACAGUGCCGUCUCCAAGCCCCCUGCGGAUGAAGAUGAGAAACGACUCUGCAUCGGCCUCCUGGACAUUUUCGGGUUUGAAAAUUUCACUCACAACAGCUUCGAGCAGCUGUGCAUCAACUUUGCCAACGAGCAGCUGCAGCAGUUCUUUGUGAAGCACGUGUUUAAGCUGGAGCAGGAGGAGUACACGCGAGAGGGCAUCGUCUGGACGCACAUCACUUACAACGACAACCAGCGGACGCUCGACGUGCUCGCCAUCAAGUCACUCAAUGUCCUGUCCCUCAUCGACGAGGAGAGCCACUUCCCUAAGGGCACAGACGCCACAUUGUUAAACAAGCUGAACCAGAACCAUGGCAAGUCCAACGUCUACGUGCCUCCCAAGAACAACCACGAGACACAGUUUGGCAUCAACCACUUCGCUGGCAUUGUGUACUACGACUCUAAAGGCUUCCUGGAGAAGAACAGGGAUGCCAUGAGCGGUGACCUCCUGACUUUGGUGGAAAAUUCCGGCAACAAGCUCCUCAAGAACAUCUUCCGAAAUGACAUCUCCACCACCAACAACGUCAAGCCCAACGUCAACCACAAACUCAUCAUAACGCCCAGCAACUCCUUGCGACAAUCGGCGGACAACAAGAAGCGUGUGCCGACGUUGAGUGGUCAGUUCCGGCAGUCUCUGGAUGCCCUGAUGAAGACUCUAAUGGCCUGCCAGCCGUACUUCAUACGAUGCAUCAAGCCCAACGACUUCAAGAAACCCAUGCUGUUUGAUAGGGAGCUGUGUUUGCGUCAGCUGCGCUACUCGGGUAUGUUGGAGACGAUCCGUAUCCGCAAGGCCGGCUUCCCCAUCCGCCACACCUUCCAGGAGUUCCUCAACCGCUACAGAGUGCUGCUCAACAGCACCGCGUGCGACCCCAAAACCGAAACAGCUAAAGACUGCAGCAAGUGGAUCUGUGAGAACGUGCUGUCUGGUAAAGAUGACUGGAAGGUUGGGAAGGCCAAAAUCUUCUUGAAGGACUUCCAUGACACAGAUCUGGAGUUGGCCAGAGACCAGGCGCUGCACUACAAGGCCCUCAUCAUCCAGAGGGUCCUCAGGGGAUACAAGUAUAGGAGCCGUUUUCUCCAGCAGAGGAAGGCUGCUAUCACGCUGCAGAAACACUGGCGAGGGUACAAAGGCCGCAAGCUGUUCAACAAGGCGCGCCUCGGCUUCUUGCGGCUGCAGGCGAAGGUUCGGGGUCGUCAGCUGAAGGUGGCGUACGAGCGGCAGCGCGAUGCGUCACUGGUCAUCCAGAAGCACGCCAGGGGCAUGGCCUCUCGACGGGAGUUUGCCCGCAAGCGCGCCGCCGUCAUUGUACUGCAGGCCCACGCGCGCGGCAUGCUCGCUCGCAAGCUGGCACAGAAGAAGAAGAGGGAGGCCUUCCAGACGGCUCAGGAGCGGCGGAACGAGGAGCGGGCCGCCAAGGAGAGGCAACGGCGGCUAGACGACAUCCUGAGGGCCAAGAGGGAGCAGGAGGCCGCCGCUAAACUGGAGACCAAGAACGACCAGGAGAUGGUGGACGACAUCUUUGGAUUCCUGCCCGGUUUGGGUGGCGGAGGAGGCAUGGAGGGACAGGCACCGGAAACAUUCGCUGACCUGGAGGGUGGGCGUAUGGUGAUGGAGGAGAUUGACCUUGAUGACAUGCCACUAGCAGACGACAUCCCAGAGGAGGACUAUGACGACGACCUUGACGAGUACUCCUUCAACAAGUUUGCAUCCAUCAACUUCCAAGGAGCUGCCACGGCAACGCACAUCCGCCAGAGACUGAGGCAACCACUGCUGUACCAUGAGGAUGAAGGGGAUGUGUUGGCGGCCAAGACGGUGUGGUGGUUGAUCCUGAGGUUCAUGGGGGAUCUCCCGGAGCCCAAGGCCCACCAGGUGCGGCGUAACGGGCCGCUCAGCUCGGAGGGCGCCCUGCAGGACGACGUGGCGGGGAGACAGAACAGGCGCCUCAGCCACAUGAUCGGCAUGAACCAGAGAAUGGGAAACGCUCGUCUGCGUAAGAUCUCCCAAGCUCCGCAAGAGUCUGAACGCCUCAGGAAGGGCUCGACCUUCACCAACCCUCUGGCCCCCCGCUCGCGAAAGACCUCCAACGCGCCCAACGAGGUGGUCCUGAACCGCAAGACCUCCUCCGCACCAGAGGAGGUGCCCCAGGGCCGCAAGGGCUCCACCUUCUCCGACCUCUUCAGCAAGAACAGGAAGCCCUCUGCCAUGCAGGAGGGCACGAGCAUCAACAGGAAGGUGUCCCAGGCACCCAACCUGAACGCACGACGCAAGCCCUCCAUGAUCGCAGAAGGGAAUGAGGAUGAGGAGGCAGAGGACGCUGCUCCCGUGUCCAAGGCGCCGACGCUGCAGACCCUGGGGGAGGAGGGGGUGAUGGGUGGCGUCGGGGACGAGGGCUUCACCCUGGAGCGCCCUAUGACCUCUCUGGAGAAGCUGCACAUCAUCGUGGGAUACGGCAUCGUCAGGCGCGACCUCAGGGAUGAGAUCUACUGUCAGAUCUGUAAGCAGCUGCAGGAGAAUGGGGUUCGCAGCAGCUUCUUCCGCGGCUGGAUCCUGCUGUCACUCUGUCUUGGGAUCUUCCCGCCCACUGAUCGCUUCAGCAAGUACCUGCAAAACUUCAUCCGCUCGGGUCCGACUGGCUACGCCCCGUACUGUGCCGAGAGGCUGCGGAGGACCGUAGCUAAUGGCGUGAGAGGAGAGCCGCCCAGCUGGCUGGAGCUGCAGGCCACCAAGACCAAGAAGGCCAUGGCCAUCACAGUGACGCUGAUGGACGGCAAAUCCAUCAGUCUGUCUGUAGACUCUGCAGCCACCUCGGGGGAGACGUGCAAGCGGCUCGCAAACAAACUCAAACUGUCCGACACCUUUGGCUUUGGUCUCUACAUGGCGCUCUACGACAAGGUGUGGUCGCUAGGCAACGGGCGCGACCAUGUGAUGGACGCCAUCUCCCAGUGCGAACAGGAGGUGAAGCGCAAGGGCGGGCAGGAGCAGCACGCCCCCUGGAGGCUAUACUUCAGGAAGGAGAUCUUCUCCCCCUGGCACGAUGUCACCUACGACGCCAUCAGCACCGACCUCAUCUACCGACAGGUCAUGCGCGGACUCAAACACGGAGAAUACCGCUGUGAUAAGGAGGAGGACCUGGUGCAGCUGGCUGCAAAGCAUUUCUUCGUGCAGUAUGGGAAGAGCAGCAGCAUGGAAGAGGCCCGCUCGGUCGUGCAGGAGUGCAUCACCUCAGCACAGUUGGAGGCCAAGACGGAGGAGAAAUGGGUGCAGAUGAUACACGCCGCACAUGUGGAGGGUCCGUAUAUCAGUUCGACUAAGCGAGCCCCCCAGGUGAAAGGAGAGGUGGUGGACUAUGCCAGGCAGAAGUGGCCCCUGCUCUUCUCCAAGUUCUUCGAGGUCGCCAGGAAAUCAGGCCCAGCACUGCCCAAGAGCAAGUUCAUCUUGGCCAUCAAUUGGACGGGUAUCACCUUCCUGGAUGAGAGAGAGAAGAAACUUCUGCAGCUCACCUACCCAGAGGUCACCGGGGUUAACACCAUGAGGGAGGGUAAAGCGUUCAGCAGCUCCGUGUGUCUCCUGACGCUGAGAGGUGACUUCAUGCUUAACACCAUCAAUGCUGCAGAUAUUGGUGAUCUGGUCACCAAUUUCCUGGCUGGCCUGAGGGAGCGAUCAGAGUACGCAGUCACCCUACAGGAGGUCGGCAAACAGGAGGACAGUACGUACCUGAGCUUCAAGAGGGGAGAGCUGCUCCUGCUGAUCAAAGACCAGGAUCACCAGCCUGAUCGUGGUUGGCUGAAGUGCAAGAAUGAGCGGACGGGACAGAUUGGUGCCGUGCCCACCGACGCCGUGUUGAUACUGCCCACCCUCACCAAACCCAGCAAGGAAGUCCUCGGCCUGAUGACCUUGUCCCCUCAAGAGAGGAAGGAAGUGAUGAACGCCACCCUGAGGGGCACCAGCAACGAGAGGCUGGCACCCGUCUCCCUGAAGGAGUACUCCUUCCAGUACUUCAGGCAACCAACUAAGGAUGUGAACAAGCAGGUGAUGUCGAAGGGCUCUGCCCCUGAUAGGCUGUGGGUGCACUCGAGAGAGCCAAUCAGACAAGCCCUCCUCAAGAAGCUCUUGGAGAUGCCACAGCUCAGCCAUGUGGCCUGCAAGGCAUUCACUGCCAUAUUAAAGUACAUGGGCGACUACCCGACGCGGCAGCAGCAGAGUCCUCUGGAGCUGACCGACAUCAUCUUUGGCGGCGCCACCAAACACGAGGAGCUGAGAGAUGAGAUCUACUGCCAGAUCAUGAAGCAGAUGACCAGCAACAACAACAGGCACAGCAUGGAACAGGGUUGGCAACUGCUGUGGCUGUGCUGUGGCCUCUUCCCCCCCAGUAACAUCCUCUUCAAGCACGCCCAGCGCUUCCUGGAGUCCAGGCGCAAGGAGACCCUGGCCACAGAGUGCCUGCAGAGACUUCAGGCAUCACUAAGGGCGGAGCCUAGAAAGCUGCCUCCUCAUCAGGUGGAGGUCGAUGCCAUCCAACAAAACAGCUGCCAGAUCUUCCACAAGAUACACUUCCCCAACGACGCAUCAGAGGCCUUCGAGGUGGGCACCCACACCCGCAUUAAGGAGCUCACCCUCAACAUCGCCCUCAAGCUGCAGCUCAUCUCAUCUGAGGGAUUCAACAUCUUUGUCAAAACCCCUGACAAGGUGCUCAGUUUGAAUGAGACAGACUACUUCUUUGACAGCCUGAGACAGAUCACAGAUUAUUCCAAGAGGGCAAAGACUGUUCGGGAAGGGGAGGCGGUGAAUGUGCAGUACAGUGUGUUCUUCAUGAGGAAGCUCUGGUUCAACGUGGUCCCCGGCAGAGACCGCGAGGCUGACAUCAUCUUCCACUACCCUCAGGAACUCCCCAAGUACCUGCGUGGCUACCACUUGAGCUCCAGGGAGGAGAUGGUGCAUCUGGCUGGGCUGCUGUUUCGGGUGAAGGUCUCGGAGGGAGGGCAGUCGGCCAUGAUCACCAAGAUGCUGAAGGAGCUGGUGCCCAACGACAUGAUCAAGGCCAUGUCCGCCAACGAGUGGACCAAGCAAAUCACGGCAUCGUACAACAAGACGGUAGCCUUGACAUCUGAGGAUGCUGUGAUAGCGUUCCUGAAAGUUAUCUACAAAUGGUCCACAUUCGGAUGUGCCUUCUUCGAAGUUAAGCAAACAUCGGAGCCCAAAUACCCUGAUAUUGUGAGGCUGGCCAUCGGCAGACAGGGUGUGAUUGUGUUGCACCCCAAAACUAAGGAGAUGCUGGCGACUCACCCCUAUAACAAGAUCGCCAACUGGUGCAGUGGCAGCACCUACUUCCACAUGACCGUGGGCAGCCUGGUGGGGGGCAGCAAGCUGCUCUGCGAAACAUCUCUGGGCUAUAAAAUAGAUGACCUCAUCACCUCCUACGUCAACAUGUACUUGAAGGAGAACAGAACGGCCGCACGCCCACGAAACCAACGCUAUCGCUAAGGCUAAGCCCAGCUGGGGCC